CAGCAGAGGUCAGCUGAUGUUGCAUAACUCCCAGAGAUCCUCACCAGAGAGCAGCGCUGCAGACAUCAGCUCCUUCUCCUCCCAUCAUCACCGGCCGGUUGCUGUGGAGAUGCCCGGGACUCUGCCCAGGUUCCCCAGAAUGCCGCGGGGGGUGACCAUGCCCUCGCUGCCCCGGGGCAUCAACCCACCAAGUUUACCCAGCAUGCCGAGCCCCAGCUUGCCGAGGGUGGUUGCCGUGUCCACCACCGUCUCCCAGGCUCCUCGGCGGCUGCUGCAGGACGUCUGCUCGGUGCUGGACCACCAGACGCCCGCAGGUCUGUGCGGAUGCUGCUGGGCGCUGCGGCCCCGAUACAAGAGGCUGGUCGAUAAUAUUUUCCCAGAAGACCCCGAGGAUGGGUUGGUCAAAGCUAACAUGGAGAAGCUGACGUUUUUCGCUCUGUCGGCUCCGGAGAAAUUGGACCGGAUCGCUGCAUACCUCUCAGAGCGCCUGACCCGGGAACUGAACCGCCACCGCUACGGCUAUGUGUGUAUAGCGAUGGAGGCGAUGGAGCAGCUGCUGCUGGCCUGUCACUGUCAGAGCAUCAACCUCCUGGUGGAGAGUUUCCUCGGGACGCUGCGCCUCCUGCUGGAGGCCGACAGGCAGCACCUGCACCUCCUCGCCACCAACGCAUUUGUGAAGUUUGCGAACAUCGAGGAGGACACGCCGUCGUACCACCGCAGCUACGACUUCUUCGUGUCCCGCUUCAGUCAGAUGUGCCACACCGAGCACGAAGACAAGGACAUGCAGGACAAGAUCCGUGUGUCGGGGAUUCGCGGGCUGCAGGGCGUGGUGAGGAAGACGGUGGACGACGAGCUGCAGGUGAACAUCUGGGAGCCUCGACACAUGGAGCAGAUCGUCCCCGCACUGCUGGUCAACCUGGAGCAGAACACACACUGCAGCAGUGGGUCUCCAGCAGAGCAGACUGAGGUGUGUUUCAGAGAGCUUCUGGGUCGAGCUGCUUACGGACACAUUAACAAUGCCAUCAAACCCGUGCUGAUGCACCUGGACCGCCACAGUCUGUGGGAGGGGCGGAGCUUUGCUGUGCGCUGUUUCCAGAUCAUCAUGUACUCCAUACAGUCGCAGCACUCCCACCUGGUGAUUCAGCAGCUCCUCGGGCACCUGGACUCCCACAGCAGGAGUCCUGCUUCGGUCCGGGCCGGCGUGGUGGAGGUGCUGUCCGAGGCAGCCGUCAUCGAGGCCACUGGAUCUGUGGGGCCCGCGGUGCUGGAGGUGUUCAACACGUUGCUGCGGCAGCUGCGUCAGAGCGUGGACUACCAGCUGACCGGCUACUACGACCCCCCCGGGGGACAGAGGACCUCCUCCCUGGAGGAGAAGACGCUGCAGGACGCCGUCAUCAAGACCAUCGGCUCCUUCGCCAACACGCUCCCUGUGUACCAGAGGUCAGAGGUCAUGCUCUUCAUCAUGGGGAAGAUCCCGGUGCCGGGGAUAUACCCCGCUCUGGGGUCGCCCAACACCGGGUUUGAAGGCAGCAGGAUGAUCCAGGUGAUGCUGCUGAAGUCUCUGCUGCAGGUGUCCUCUCGCUAUGAGAGCAACAACCUGCUGACGGCGCUGCCCUCCUCCUUCCUGGAGCCGCUGCUCUCCUUCACGCUGAUGGAGGACCCGGAGAUCCGCCUGCUGGUGCUCUCCAUCCUCACCUCACUCAUCGACCGGCGCCUCAACGCCGUGCGCCUCAGCAGCGCCAGUGUGACGAUGGAGGUGUCUCUGCUGGAGCUGAAGGAGGAGCGCUGCUCCCGGCAGGACAACCUGUUCAUCAGGAAGCAUGCUCAGCGGCUGUACCGCCACAUCUUCCUCACCUGUAAGGAGGAGAGUAGUGGGCGGAGCCACUACCAGGCCCUCUUCACCCUAUUGGCUGUGGUCAGCGUGGAGCUGGCCAGUGAGGAGGUGACGCUGGACCUGAUCCGCCUCACGCUCGCUCUGCAGGAGCUGGCGUUGUCCAGUCAGGAGAGCCUGUCAGUGUAUAACCGCUGUGGCGUUCACGCCCUCUGCGCCGGCUUCCUCCAGCUGCUGUCUCAGCUGGGCCCGCCCCCCCCCUUCAGCCAGCACAUCUCUCAGGUGAUCGAGGGCCGUCAGAGCGCCGCUCCUCAUCUGCUGCCUGAGGACGUCUUCUCUGACUCCCCGCGACUGCCGGAGGGCGAGCUGCAGGUGGACGAGGCCUCUCUGUUCAUCCAAUCAAAGAUCAGCGAGGCUCUGACAGGAAGUAGCUUCAGCGCUCACAGCGAGCGUCUCAACACGCCAUACACACCGCAGAUUACAGAUGAGGAGCGUCUGUCCCGGAGGAAGAGCAUAGUGGACGUGGCGUCUCUGCAGAUCGACAUGGACCCUCAGUUCCUCUGCGAGGCUCAGCAGAAACCUCAGACAGAGCAGAUCACCUUUGAGACGCUGAAGAACGCCAUCGAGGACAGUGGGGGGGCGGAGGAGGAGGAGCGCAGGAGGAAGAUGCAGGAGAGAUUUCUGACGGCGCCGUUUGAGGAAAUCGCCGCUCACUGCGGAGCCCGGAGCUCCCUGCUGCAGUCUCGUCUGGACCAGGUGUUCGCUCUGAUCAUCCGUCCUCCUCCGUCUCCGUCCGGUCUCUCUCCACCUCGCUCCACGCCGCUCUACGAGAUGAAGUUCCCAGACCUGUGUGUUUAUUAGUCCCUCAGGUGUGUCUUUAGUCCCUCAGGUGUGUCUUUAGUCCCUCAGGUGUGUUUAUUAGUCCCUCAGGUGUGUCUGUUAGUCCCUCAGGUGUGUCUGUUAGUCCCUCAGGUGUGUCUGUUAGUCCCUCAGGUGUGUUUUUAGUCCCUCAGGUGUGUUUAUUAGUCCCUCAGGUGUGUCUGUUAGUCCCUCAGGUGUGUCUGUUAGUCCCUCAGGUGUGUCUGUUAGUCCCUCAGGUGUGUUUUUAGUCCCUCAGGUGUGUUUAUUAGUCCCUCAGGUGUGUCUUUAGUCCCUCAGGUGUGUUUAUUAGUCCCUCAGGUGUGUCUGUUAGUCCCUCAGGUGUGUCUUUAGUCCCUCAGGUGUGUCUUUAGUCCCUCAGGUGUGUCUGUUAGUCCCUCAGGUGUGUCUUUAGUCCCUCAGGUGUGUCUGUUAGUCCCUCAGGUGUGUCUGUUAGUCCCUCAGGUGUGU